CAAGUGAGUUGGAAUCCUGAAUAUAUAUGCAACUUUAAGGAUGCUGACCUCUGAUUAAAAGUUGAACUGAGGCUUCUGUCCUGGCCAUGAUCACUGAAGGUUAUAGGAUGCUGAUACCUGUGCUUCCUAAUAUCAGCACUUGUGAUUUUUAAGUGGCAAGUAAAAUUUGGUGCUAAGACUUUCAGAAAGGAAGAGAUUUGAACAGAGGAUAUGGCAACAGGAAACUAUUGCGUAUUUCCUGAGUUCAUUCUGACUGGGCUCUCAAAAAAAUCAGAACUUCAGAUGCCUCUCUUUGUCCUCUUCCUAGGAAUAUACAUAGUCACUGUAGUGGGGAAUUUGGGCAUGAUUACACUGAUUAGGCUCAGUUCCCUCCUGCACACACCAAUGUACUAUUUCCUCAGCAGUUUGUCCUUUAUUGAUCUCUGCCAUUCCACAGUCAUUACCCCAAAAAUGUUGGUGAACUUUGUGGCAGAGAAGAACAUUAUCUCCUACACUGGAUGCAUGACUCAGCUCUUUUUCUUUCUCAUUUUUGCUAUUGCAGAGUGUCAUAUGUUAGCUGCAAUGGCAUAUGAUCGCUAUGUUGCCAUCUGUAACCCACUGCUUUACAAUGCAAUCAUGUCCUAUCAGAUUUACAUUUCCAUGAUCUCUGGAGUCUAUAUUAUUGGUGUGGUUUGCGCAUCAGCUCACACAGGCUUCAUGAUAAGAAUUCAGUUCUGUAACUUAGAUGUGAUCAACCACUAUUUCUGUGAUCUUCUUCCCCUGCUGGAGCUUGCACACUCUAGUACUUAUGUUAAUGAAUUGUUAAUUUUAUUCUUUGGUACAUUUAACAUUGUUGUUCCAACCUUGACUAUUCUUACUUCUUAUAUCUUCAUUAUUGCCACCAUCCUACACAUUCGUUCUACUGAGGGCAGGUACAAAGCAUUCAGUACCUGCAGCUCCCACAUCUUGGCUGUUGCUGUCUUCUUUGGGUCUGCUGCAUUUAUGUACUUACAGCCAUCAUCAGUCAGCUCUAUGGACCAAGGGAAAGUGUCCUCUGUGUUUUAUACCAUCGUUGUGCCCAUGCUGAACCCCUUGAUCUACAGUCUGAGGAAUAAGGAUGUUAGUACUGCCCUGAAGAAAAUACUAGAAAGAAAAUCAUUUGUGUAAACUGAAGUAAGGAGAUUUAUUUAUUAAUAUAGUCAUCAAAGGAUACAUUAUUUGAAUUUCUAUUUUUCACCUCAAUUGAUUCGUUAAUAUUCUAA